AUGGAUGAUCACUCCGAACGUCCUGAGCGUCUCGAAGCAUUGAAGACCUUGCAUGAGACUAGAGCCAAUGACCAGUAUGUCGAGGCUCUGGUGUUUGAGAUCCCUGCCAAAUUUGCUUCUCGAGUACUUGGCAUUGUCAAACCUGUCCUUGCUGAGGCUCCUAAACAGCCCCAACUUCAUCACCUUCGACGACUGAUUCAUCUCCCUCACUUACCACGCGAUCUGUUGGAAAGACGCGUCGUCGUUACACAACCAGACAAACCUACCAUCUUUCUCAUCCAAGUUGCCACCCAGGACCUGGCUGGUGCAAUCAUGAAAGCAAUUAAAGACAUCAUGGACCAGGAUCUUGCGUUGGCUCAAUAUGAUCACGUUCCACGUUGCUUUCCCAUCCCUGUCCCUCUACACGCUCCUCUCAACGAAAGCCAAGCCAAGGAAUGGUCCGAGAGAUUCUGGCCAUGCAUUUACAAUCCUGCUGCUCAACUUCUGCAAGAUGCUCCUCCUCUACAUCUUCUUCGAAAGACCAAAGCUGAGCUGGACACUUACGAGUCAGACAAGUAUGUCAUGCUGGCACAAAUACUAGCAGAAGAAGCUUCGACUAGUGGUCGUGGGCUGGCGAUUGGCGCCGUCGUCGUCGAUCCUGCCACCAACCAGGUUGUUGCUGCUGCAGGUGAUGCCAGAUACUAUCCUCACGGAAGGCCAAACCCUGACGACGAUUCAGGUGGUCGGCCGGAGUACCACGCUCUGAUGCGUGUUAUCUCGAUGGUAGCCAACAAAGAAUUGCGAAGGAGACUUGCAGCAGGCUCGCACCAGAAGUUCGCAGCAACAUGCUCAGAAGGAGUCCCAGGUCAAGCUGUUAGUGCCAUCGAACAAUACUACCUCGAUGCUUCCAUGUUCGGGGAAGAUGCUGAUGCCAAGUUUGUCGGCUACCCACCAAGACAUGUCGGAGAACGAGGAGAAGGCUACCUGUGCAGUGGUCUGGACAUCUACCUUACUCAUGAGCCGUGUGUCUGUUGUGGCAUGGCUAUGGUUCAUUCGAGAUUUCGAUCAUGCGUGCUGCUGAAGCGAAUGACCAACAGCGGAGCCCUAUGCGCUCGCACCCAUCAAUCACUUCUUGGAUACGGUCUCUUUUGGCGACGAGAACUCAACUGGCGCGUUUUGACCUUCCGGUACCGGCACGGAGACGAUCGCGAUUCUGUCCUGAAAGAUAUGUUCCACGCAUAG